CAGAGCGACUCCCUUUUCCCUCUCACAAUUCUCACACAAGAAGCUGAAAUCCUCAAAAAUGCAACUGAUUAAUCUUCUUGGGGCCUUGUUGCUGGCCGGCGUAGCCACGGCAGCAGCCAUGCCUCAAUCCAUGUCAAACAAUGACAAUGCCCAAUCCAUGACAGCCGCUGCCGCACCCCCAGGUUGCCGCUGGGUAGGAAAAGCCCCGAUCUGCGGGGGUAGCUGCAACGGUAAUGAGGCAGAAAGAGAACGUGAUAUCAGGGGGGAUGGUGCAGCUUGCCAGACGGGUAAGAAGGUGCUCUGCUGUAGGAGAUGAGCUUUAGGAGAUUUAUAAUGUGAUGGUGGAUGGUGUACGGAGUCUAUAUUAAGUGAACGAUGAAUGGAUUUUGUUUGUAUUUAGUCGACACUGCUAUUGCUAUCAUGAUCAUCCAACUGGCAGAUAUAUUGGCCAUAUAAUUUACACCAAAAGACACCAUUGCCUCAAGUCAUUAAACAGCCAUUCAGACAGACGGGCAAUGCGCAUUUGGAUCUUCCCAAACAGGCACAUCAGAGUCAUGCACCUGCUUAAACUUAAACGGAUGACAAGCAGUAACAGUUCCAACCCUCGACAUUCCUUCGUC